AUGGCUUUAUCUGCGACCUACCAUGCGCACAAGCCCAAUGUGCCCAUUAUUAUGGAAGAUGUGUUCGGAUGGGUGCGAGAAGGGAAUGCUUUCCAGGUUAACGACCAUGAACAUGAUCUGAAUGUCGGAGACGAUCACGCCUUCUCCCUACUCCACUGGGCCUCCAAAGCCGGUCACAUUGGAAUUGCAGAAAUGCUGUUGUCCCGUGGAGCACGAGUGAAUUCGACGAAUAUGGGAGAUGAUACGAGUCUCCAUUUGGCCGCCGCUCAUGGACACAGACAGAUUGUCGUUAAACUUUUAUCGAGGAAGGCUGAUGUACACGCGACAAACGAGCAUGGAAUGACACCACUUCAUUAUGCAUGCUUCUGGGGUUAUGAGGCGAUUGCUGAGGACCUCAUUAUCUACGGAGCCUUGGUGAACGUGUGCAACAAGAAGGGUCUUACCCCAUUGGACGUUUGCCAACCAGCAUGCAAAAAUGCCAUUAUGGGUCGCCAAAUGCCGAUGCACUUUGGAGCCAAAGAGCGUAACUUUGUGACGAUCUCCUCCCCCCUCACCACUCAACUACCACAAGCCGUCGGCUCCGCCUACGCAUUCAAACAACAAAAAGACAAUCAACGCAUCGUCGUCGUCUAUUUUGGAGACGGAGCAGCUUCAGAGGGUGAUGCUCAUGCGGCGUUCAACUUUGCAGCCACUCUCAAAUGCCCAAUUAUCUUCUUCUGUCGGAAUAACGGUUAUGCCAUCUCGACACCAACCAGUGAGCAAUACGGUGGAGAUGGUAUCGCUGGAAAGGGACCCGCCUAUGGGUUGCAUACCAUUCGCGUUGAUGGAAACGACCUCCUAGCGGUAUACAACGCCACGAAGGAGGCUCGCCGUGUGGCUCUGACCAACCGCCCGGUGCUCAUCGAAGCGAUGACAUAUCGUCUGGGACAUCACUCGACAUCCGACGACUCCACGGCUUAUAGAUCAGCGGAGGAGGUGGAGACGUGGGGUGAUAAGGAUCACCCGAUCACUCGCUUCAACAAGUACAUCACCGAGCGUGGAUGGUGGAAUGAGGAGAAGGAGAAGGACUGGCAAAAGGAGGUGAAGAAGCGAGUGCUCACGGAGUUCUCGGCUGCUGAAAAACGAAAGAAGGCUCAUUAUCACGACCUAUUCGAUGACGUCUACGAUGAGCUUCCACUGCGUCUACGUCGUCAGAGAGAUGAGCUGGAUGCGCAUAUCAAGGAGUACAAGGAGCACUAUCCAAUGGACGGACUCAAGGAGACACACAACCACUAA